AUGGCGAUUUUCUUCGUGGUUGGUUUGGUCUUUGGGGGCUUUGGGGGGGGGGGGGGGGGGGUUCUAGCCUAUGGACUGGAGCAGAUGAACGGUAUGGAUGAAAAAAGUGGUUGGCGCUGGAUAUUCAUCUGGCAAGGAGUCCUGACAAUCAUCAUCGCGCUGCUGGGAUACCUCUUUACGGUGGACUUUCCCGAAGCUGCCCACCGCAAUACCUUCAGGUUUCUGACGCCCUCCGACCUUGAAAUUGUCAUUGACCGAGUCCGAAGAGAUCAGGAUGAUGUAAAGCUCAACCCCUUCGAGCUGACGGCCUACUUGAGACAUGCUCUAGACUGGAGACUCUGGUUGUUCGCCGCCAAUUUCUUCACAUCAUCGCAGAUCACAUACUCGGUACAAUAUUUUCUGCCAAUCAUCCUGCAGACCAGCCUAGGCUUCUCCACCACCUACGCACUCUGCUUGACUACCCCGGUCAACGAUAAAAAACCGGAGCGGCAAGCGUAUCGGUAUGCGCAUCAAUGCUCGGCUUAUUCUUUCAUUGGGCAAGAGUUGACAAAGCCGAGCUAUAAGAGAGAUAUCGUUCAGAAACUUUUGACAGCAGUUCAAGGCGUCACAGGUGAAGAUUUUGUGCACAGCCCAAGGGACAAGGACAAGAACAAGGGUCAGAAGAGGGAACGGGCAAUCAAGGAGACUGGCUGCCCGGAAAUGACUUCGAUGCAGGGUCAGCCAUGCAUCCCGCAGUACACCGACCCCUCCCUCCUACACAAUCAUCGUCCCAGCCUACGCUUGACCAACAGAUCGCUACACGGUAUUACAAAAACCGAGAAACCCACCAAGACCAAGCCUGUCACCGGAAAAUUCCAGGCCGUUCCUAGAGAACGUCCCGCCCGCAGCGAAGUUGACCCUCAUUAUGUUGUCGAGAGCUUUCGCUUGACGCCAGACGAGAGAACCUUUCUUCUCGAUCUGUUGCAUUCCGCGAACCCAAGCGAUCUCUCUCCCCGGGAGCGUGAUCCCCAGGAAGAGGAGUUCUGGGCAGAUUAUGUACAUCUUCUCGAUCAAGUCCAUGCCCUGGGAGAAUGA